GCGGCCGAUGGAUGAAUCCCAGGCCUGGCAGUCGAUCGCAGAUGCGCUCGGGCGCUGAGAUGGAACAUGGCUCUGUCCAGAGGUCUGAGAUGCUGUCAGAGGGUUUUCUCCUGGAUUCCGGUGCUAAUCAUCACCUCCGUGGCGCUGUGGUCUUACUACGCCUACGUGUUUGAGCUGUGCCUGUUUACAAUAACCAACACAGCGGAAAAGGUCGUCUAUCUACUAGUAUUUCAUGUUUGCUUCGUGAUGUUCUCCUGGACCUACUGGAAGUCCAUCUUUACCCCUCCCGCUUCACCAUGCAAAAAGUUUCAGCUCUCAUACUCGGACAAGCAACGAUACGAGAUGGAGGAGAGGCCAGACGCUCAGAAGCAGAUCCUGGUUGAAAUUGCAAAGAAACUGCCCAUCUCCACUCGAGCGCAAUCCGGAGCUAUCAGGUUCUGCGACCGCUGCCAGGUACUGAAGCCUGACCGCUGUCACCACUGCUCGGUUUGUGAAACAUGCGUUCUCAAGAUGGACCACCACUGUCCCUGGGUUAACAACUGUGUGGGAUUUUCCAACUACAAGUUUUUCCUGCUUUUCCUCUCCUACUCCAUGGUGUACUGUGUAUUCAUUGCAGCGACAGUCCUUCAGUAUUUCCUCAAAUUCUGGGUGGGGGAGUUUCCAAAUAGGCCUGCAAAGUUCCAUGUCCUCUUCCUCAUGUUUGUGGCGCUCAUGUUCUUCGUCAGUCUCAUGUUCCUCUUUGGCUACCACUGUUGGUUGGUGGCCAAGAACAGAUCAACUCUAGAGGCCUUCUCGGCUCCAGUUUUCUGCAAUGGACCAGACAGAAAUGGUUUUAAUGUCAGCAUACGCAGAAACCUGCAGCAGGUAUUUGGAGAGGAUCGGAGACUGUGGUUUAUCCCCGUCUGCACAAGCCAAGGGAACGGUCACUACUUCCCCUUGAGGAAUCGGAGUUCUGAGUCCCAGAAUCCCCUGUUGGCUAAUGAGGACAUGUGGGAGGAGUCAGAUGAUGGCUCUGAGGAAGUAAGCUUGGUUGAUGACCAAGACCCCUCUGUUACCAUAGAGAUGGAGGAAUAGUUAUUCAACAAAAGGACAUUUUACACUGGUACGGAGCAUGUAGAUAUACAGUAUAUUGUGCACACUGUACCACAUGGUAGAUGCAUUCCAAAUGAUAUGGAUGUACGACACUGAAAAACAAAAAUCUGACAAGGGCCAAAUGAGUGGAUAAAAACUGUCCAUGGCCACUCGUACCCUGGCUAUUUUACAAAAUGAAGAACAGCGGAACUCACUGGAUGGAUGGAUCACCUCUGCUCUCGUGAAUGGACACACAUCAGAUGAUUCAGACAAAAAAAAAAAAACAUCUAGUCAAAUAUUACCUCGCAUACAAGAAGGCAACUGUUGAUCAUCACAGGUUGUAUGUUUGCCUUUGUUCAUCUCAAGGCUCCGGCCUCUGUUAAUUAGGAAGCUUCUGUCCGACACUGUGAUGUUUUAUACGCUCCCUGUUUCAGUGUUGGGCUGAGUUUACAGUGUUGCACCUUUUAGAGUUUGAUCUGUGCAGGGACCUCACACCCUUGAUGCUCCGGAGAUCUCUUGUUGAGACUUAGUCGUCAUAUCUCUAUCAGUUUGGGUCUUGUGGAAUAAUAUUUUAUUUCAUUUUCUUUUCAAUGAAGAUAAACAUAUUAGAAUACCUGCGCCUUAUUACUAUAUUUAUACCUGUGUUUUGGGAGUUUCUCUUCUCCUAAGAAUGUAUCCAGCUUCCUGCUCAUUAGUACAUUGUGCCAUUUUAGGCGCCUAUUUACAACAUUACUAGUUUAUAUCUGUUGCUUUAGUUGGCAGCUACUGCUCAUUAUACAUCAGUAUUCAGAAUAUUCACCAGGGGAAUCAUAUCCUGAAUAUAAUGUGUAUCAUGACUUAAAUGCUGAUUAAAAUAAAAAAAAGCACUGAAUCUUUAUUUUAAAGUCUACGAUGAAGAUAAAAAACAUACAAAUAUUUAAAAAAAAUUAAGUAUCAUAAUCUUGUUUUCUAGUAUAUCAGUCAUCCCUGUGUAAGAUAAAACUUCUAUGUGGAGACAAAGUGAUGAGAAAGUAAAGUGAUAAUAGUUUUCAUCACACAGGGGAGGAUAUAGAUUCUCCUGUUUUCUUCUUCUUAAUUUAGAUCUUUUUAAACAUGCAGUUUACUGUACAUAUAUAAAUGAUGACUGACGCUCAUCCACUGGCUGGCAGAGGUCAGUGAUCUUCUGCAAUAUGCGGUUCUGUUUUCUUUUCUACUUCCUGUGUUUAUGUAUUUGGAAUUUUAAAUACCGUUGUAACAGAUUCUUCUCAUCAAGGCCAUCGGGCUCAUGGACAUGGCCACUGUACUCGGUUCACAACCAUUUCUGUAAGUGAGUGAGUCGGGCCUUUAUCGAACCUUGAUGCUGUUUGAUUUUUAAUCUUUAACUGUGCUGGGUAAGCCAAAUGAUAUGCUGCUCAUGUCUGAGAAAUACAUUGAUUAAAACUGUUUGUCAUUCUGUGCAUGUGUUAAACAUUAGGAUGUGGAUGUUGAGUGCUUCAUGUCGUCUUGUGUCUAUUUAUUGUUCUUAUGUUGUUUUUUUCCCUGUUUGAUUCUGAACUGCUGCGGGCGGUGUCUGUUUAUUUUGCUCUAUCAAGUGACACUUCUAAGCAAUGUGCUUUUAUCUGAUAGUAGGAUAUUUAUAAAAACAAGAUAAUAUUUUUUUCAUUAUGCAAACAGGACGUCAGUAUUGCUUAAGCACACGUGGUCCCUUUUGAAUUGUCUUUGGAGUAUGUGAACGUGGUACUUCCCCUUUUAAACACCCAAACCACCAGAAAUACUGACACUGAUUCAUUUUCUGUUCUGUCUGUUAACAAAUAUAAAUUCUUUAUUGAUCCAUCACUUGUUGUAACAUGCAAAAUAAAAUGCUCCAAGUUGAACUCUC